AUGCCCUCGCAUGUUGUUCCUACAAUUGAGCCUCCUGAUCAAGUUUGCCUACAUGCGGGUACCAACGAUCUGAAAUCAUCUACAUCGAGCGAUUCGGCAGAUGGUAUUAUCGACCUCGCUAUAGAGGAUGGGAAUGAUUCCGAGUCUGAAAUAUUUAUAUCUGAACUAACUGCAAGGAAUGAUGAUUACUGUGACUUCGUCAAAGCGGUAAAUAUAUGUGUAAAAAAAUUUUGCCCGCAAAAUAACUGGAAACUCAUCAGCCAUGCUAACGUCAGUUCAAAAGGACUUAACAAAGGUGACCUUCACCUCAGUGGGGAAGGUAACGAGCUACUGCAACAGAACUUUGUAAAUUUUCUGAGAUCUAAUUGAUUUCUAAUUCCUUGAAUGUCGACUAUUCUCUAGUUUCGCAAACGAUGCCAGAAUCAGUUGACAACGAAGUUCUUCCAGUUGGUUCCGAUAUGUCUAAUUUUUUACCAUCUAAACGUGGUUUCAAAAUGGCCUGUUUGAACAUUAACAGUCUCGUCAAACAUGCUGACGAACUAACAGCCGUUCUUGCUGAGUUUUCAUUUGAUAUUCUGGUAAUUAAUGCGAAACCAAACUUGACGGAUCCAUAAAUAGUUCCGAACUCGAUAUACCGGGCUACGACUUUAUCCGUCGUGACAGAAAUCAUGACAUGGUGGAGGGGUAGGUUUUUACAUUACGUCCGGCUUCUAAUUCUUAUAUAGUGCGCACUGAUCUAUACGUAAUUAAUCUUGAAAAUUUAACUAUAGAAAUUCGUAAACCGAACUCUAAGCCAUUUCUAGUAGAGACAUGGUACAGAUCUCCCUCUUCUCCAACCGAUUUAUUUUCGAGUUAUGAGUCAUUUAUAGGCAAGUUAUAUUCUCCCGACCUUAAUUUGUCCUCUCCUACACCUGCUUACCGUUUAAUCGAGAUUUCACCUCAAGUCUCGUCGUCCGAACAACCAGAUAGUAAGGGAAGUGAAAGUAUAAAUGACAUCUCUAUCUGUAACUAUAACGAGAUUUCCAGCGCCUUUAACGAACAUUUUUCAACUAUUGGGCCCAGACUAGCGCGCGAAAUACUUUUGCAUAUUUCCUGACGACUGGAAAUGUGCCAGAGUGA